AGUGGGCCAACUAUAAAAGUUAAAGCUCCAUAUACGAUCGGAAACAAAGCGCCGCAGCAACUCACACGAUCAUGGCACGCUAUCAGCUCAUUGGCUCACUGCUUCUCCUGGCCAUCUUGGCCGUCAGUUGUACGGCACAGGCGUCAUCGCGCCGUCUGAGAUUUGGUCGCCUGCGGCAGGUGGCAUUCGCCAGGCAGGAGGUGGCGCCCACUCCAUACCCCGCGGCGGCUGAUCUGAAACCAGCCCCACAAGAGCCAGCCCUCACCUAUGGCGCGCCCCAGGACUCAGAUGUGGAUCUGAAUGUGAAUGUGAAUGCCUUGCCAGAGGAGCAGGUGCCGGCAGUGGAUAACUUUGAGCCGAACCCCGAGGCCGAGGACGUCGACACCGAGGAGAGCUCCUUGGAGAUUACCACCCCAACGGCUGCCUCAGCUCCUGCCCGCCUGCGAAGCCGCCAGAGAUUGGCCAAGCUCCAGGUGGCCCCCGCCAAGCGCCAGCGUCAGGUGCAGCGCACGGCCCGCCUCGAGGAGUUGACCGUUCAGGAAGCUGUCGCCCCCGUUCCAGCUCCGGCCGCGCCCCAGUUCUACUAUGUCGGAGCUCAGCAGCAACCCUAUGUCCUUGCGUACAGCGCAGCUCCCCAGCAACUUGGCUGGUAAAUCUCAAGUAAAUUUUAAUUGUUAUGGCAUUGUUCUUUGUGAUUAUAAAUAUACGAGUACAAUA